GGCAGUAGUUAUUAAAAUCAGAAAGGUUUUUUCUGCAUUCAAUCACUUGGAAGCAAGUAAAGCACCUCCUAAAUGUCGCUCGCUUGUGGAAAUUCUUUCAAGCUUCUCUCCCAGCAGAAAACGGAGAGCUGGACUCCCUCAGGAGCAUAUGCGUAUCCAAAGACUCCUGCCAGAAGAGUCCAACGACUGAAUUUACAGGGUGGGCUAGGAGAUGGGUCGAUUUCAAAAAUCAAAGAAAUGCUCCACAAGGUGGAGCUAUCCGUUUCUCCUUAUGAUACUGCUUGGGUUGCCAUGGUCCCCGCCGGAGAUUCAUCUAGCCAGUCUCGUUUUCCGGAAUGCUUAAAUUGGAUUUUGGAGAAUCAGAAUCCUGAUGGAUCAUGGGCUUUUCACCCAAGCGAUCCUUUGCUAGUCAAGGACUCCCUCUCUUCUACAUUAGCAUGCAUACUUGCUCUUCAAAAAUGGAAUGUUGGCCAACGACUCGUAAACAGAGGUCUCGACUUUAUAGGCUCCAAUAAAUGGGCCGCCACGGACAGUAAACAAAAGUCUCCAAUUGGCUUCGAUGUUAUAUUUCCUGGCAUGAUCGAACGGGCAGAACACAUGGGCUUGGCUCUCCCGAUUAACACAUCUUCACUGGAUGCAAUGCUUAACAAGCGAGACUUGGAAGUUCAGAGUGCUUUGAGAAGUGGCCUAGAAGGAAAGAAGAAGUAUCUUGCCUAUGUUGCAGAGGGCUUCAAUAAACUUGACGACUGGAAGGAUGUAAUGAAAUAUCAGAGAAGCAAUGGGUCUCUGUUUAAUUCCCCAGCCACUACAGCAGCUGCUUUGCUUCACCUAAAUGAUGAUAAAUGCUUCACGUACUUGAAUUCCCUUCUUCAGAGAUACAGAAAUGCAGUUCCGACAAUCUACCCUUUAGAUAUAUAUGCUCGCCUAUGCACAAUUGAUAAUCUCGAGAGGUUGGGCAUAGAUCAGUAUUUCAGAAUCGAGAUUCAAACAAUCCUGGAUGAAAUAUACAGAUGCUGGAUGCAAGGAGAUGACGAAAUAUUCUCAGACAUUACCUGUCUUGCCUUGGGAUUUCGACUUCUGAGGAUGAAUGGAUAUGAUGUUUCCUCUGAUGUAUUCGCAGGACUUGAUGAACAGGAGCAGUUCUUCAAUUCUGUCAGCGAACAGUAUAAAGGCACAAACACAAUUCUUGAAUUGUACAAAGCUUCCCUGAUGUUAAUACUCCCAAGUGAACCCAUUCUUGAGAAGCUAUAUGUGUGGACUAGCUCCUUUCUCAAACUGGCGUUAGGAAAAGGUGCUGUUGGCGAGAAGAAAUUGCACAAAGAGGUUGAAUAUGCUCUCAAGUAUCCUCAUGCAAGUUUGGAAAGGCUUGAGAACCGGAAAAGCAUAGAGUUGCACGAAGUAGACAAUGUCCAACUUCUUAAAACAGCUUACAGGUGUUCUAAUAGCGAUAACAAGUAUUUGCUGGAAUUAUCACUGAAGGAUUUUAAUGCCUGCCAAUACAUACAUAAAAAAGAACUAAAUAUCUUAGAAAGAUGGGUCAAAGAAUACAGGAUGGAUGAGCUUAAGUUUGCAAGACAGAAGAUAACUUAUGGCUUUUUCGCUGCUGCCGCAGUACUUUUCUCCCCCGAGCACUCGGAUGCUAGAAUUGCAUGGGCUAAAUUUACUGUUCUUGUGACUCUGAUUGAUGAUUUAUUUGAUGUUGGGGGAUCCGAAGAAGAGUUACUAAACAUGUUUGAAUUGGUUAAAAAGUGGGAUAGCCAUUCAGAGGUAGGGUUCUGCUCGGAACAAAUUGAGAUUAUCUUCUCUGCAGUUUAUGAUACGACCAAUGAGUUCGCAGUCAAGGCUGGUAUAGAACAAGGAAGAAGCGUCAAAGAUCACUUAAUUGAGAUAUGGCUCAUAUUGCUGGAGACCAUGUGGAGAGAGUUUGAGUGGGCAAGAGGUACUAAAUCGUUGCCCUCAGUGGAUGAUUAUAUGUCGAGUGCAUACGUGAGCGUCGCCUUGGGACCGGUUGCUCUCGUACCUCUAUAUUUUCUUGGGGCCAAAUUGUCAGAGGAAGCAGUAAAGAGCAAGGAAUACGACGACCUAUUUAUGCAUAUGAGCGUAAUCUCAAGGCUCUUGAACGAUCUCACGACUGUGAAGAGAGAAAGCGAACAAGGAAAACUGAACAGCUUGUCAUUACGUGUGAUUCAUGGCAAUGGCAGCAUUUCUGAGGAAGAUGCUAUAAGUGAGACCAAGAGACUAAUCGAGAGCCAUAGAAGAGAGUUGCUAAGAAUGGUGGUCCAGACAGAGGGGAGUGUGGUUCCCAAAGUUUGCAAAGACGUGUUUUGGAAAACAAGCAAGAUUGUUCACCUUUUCUACAUGGGCAAAGAUGGAUUCUCGUCACCGCAUGAGAUGAUUAGCGCCAUAAAUACUGUCAUUCACAAUCCAAUUCUUCUACCUCCAUACUGAUACUCUCCUUGAUCAAAACAGCCAAGGUGUCUGAGAUUCAUAAUUUAUUGUUUCCUUGUUUUCUUCGUAUACAUCUUUCUCCAAUGUGCAAAAAUUAAUUUUAAUCCUCAGAGUUAUGUCAAAACAUUAAGAUUCUGUAA